GAAUCUUUGGUCCAAAGUAAUGGUUGAAGAGAACCGGCAUAAUUUGUAAAAGGCGUUUGUAUACUUGGCCAGAAAUCCAUAUUCUUCAUAAUUUUGGUCUGAAAUGGCAGAAUCCGAGGAACUUGGUUUAAGUUCUGAAGAUCAGUUAGAGACUUUGGACGCUCUCGAAAAUGGACAAGAAGUUGACACUGCUGAUGUAACUGAAGGUGAUGCAUCAGGUGUUCCUAGCUCUGCUGUUGAAGACCAGGAAUUGGAGGCCAUUAAAGCAAGAGUGAGAGAAAUGGAAGAAGAAGCAGAGAAAUUAAAGCAGCUGCAAUCAGAGGUUGAUAAACAGAUGAAUUUGGGAAGUCCACCUGGAAUGACAAGCCCGUUAAACAUGUCGUUAGAAGAAAAGAUGGAGGUGGACAACCGCUCCAUAUAUGUUGGAAAUGUUGACUAUGGAGCAACUGCUGAGGAGUUAGAGCAGCAUUUUCAUGGCUGUGGCUCAAUUAACAGAGUAACAAUACUGUGCAAUAAGUUUGAUGGACAUCCCAAAGGAUUUGCGUACAUAGAAUUUGCUGAACGUGAAUCGGUACAAACUGCAAUGGCAAUGGAUGAAUCUCUCUUUAGAGGACGGCAGAUAAAAGUAAUGCCGAAGAGAACAAAUCGCCCUGGUUUAAGUAUGACAAAUCGUCCUCCUCGAGGCAGAGGGUACCGAGGAAGCAGAGGUAGAGGGUCAUCUUAUUAUGGCUACAGACCAACUAGGAGACCAAGGGGCUACCGUGGAAGAUCAGCAUACUAUAUGCCUUACUAAGCUGAAAAUUGAAGACAACGAUGCCAUCUGAGUGCAGAUUCGCUCAUUUUAUAUAAAUUCUUGGGACAUCCAUUUUGAUGGAUACUCUGUUGAAAUACUGUAUGUAUGUAUGUAUGUAUCAGCCCAUCACCUCCCUCCCAAGGAAAUGAAAUCACUUCUUUAUUUUGUACUUUAGUGGCUACUGUUUGCAUGUGUUUAACAGAAAGGUUUUAAAACAUUAUUUUGCUUUGUUUAAAGUUUCCAUAUAGAGGUGUGUGUGUGUGUGUGUGUGUGUGUGUGUGUGUGUGUGUGUGUGUGCGCGCGCGUGUGUGUGUGCGUGUGUGCGUGCACAAGUGCCUGAGGCUCAGUGUAUGAGCAAUUUUGAUAUGGAGGGUUACUUAAUUACGCCCCCUGCUGACAUUCGUGAGAUGUACUUGCUCUUUUUAACAAUGAAUUUAUAAACUUCAUGUUUAUGAGAGGUUCUCAUUUGCUAGUUGUGUGUGAGAUUAAUUGAAUAUAUUUGUUUGUGACUAAGUACUGAAUUCACUUAUAUCUUAACAUUACACUACUUGCACACAAAAGAAUUGUACAAACCAAAUUUUUCACUAGAACAUACUUCUUUCAUUACCAUAGUGUUAGUCACGCUAGUGGUGAUACAAAACUUGUAAGAAGAAAUAUGAAUGUUCCCCGAUCACUUUUGAUUAUAUUAAGAUCUUAAUGAGAAUAUUGUCUAGUUAUGUAUUGAGUUUGAUAACUUAACUCUUUGGAAGCACUCAUGAGUGAAAAUAGUGUGACACUCAACCUGUAAGGAAGGCACAAUUUUUUUACUGCUAUGACAAGAUUAGUUAAUUUUUACUUAUGCAUUAUGUAACCACUUUUUAACUGAGGAAGCAUCAGUGUGGAAUAUUUGACAUGGGUAAUACUUUGAAGAAAUUCAUUCUGUACAUAAUCUCACAGAAUAUCUGAACAUAAUGUAAAAAAGUCUGCUUUGAUUGUUUCUUGUUUCUAUGUCUUACAUAUUUUUUUAUUUUUUACACUUCAGUCGGCUAAUAAAUUAUUUAUUUGUAGAUCACAAAACUAAUUUUUAAAGUUUUGUAGAAUGAAAAAUUAGAAUUAUGUACAAUAAGCAAAAGAAAUGUAAAUUGAGUAAAAGCAGUUUGAAAACAUUUCAUGAACAAGAAAAAAAUUGUGUUGUGUGCUUUACUAUGAAUUAUGUGUACAAAAAAGUGCUAUAUAAUUUGUAUUAGCUUCAUUGUUAGGACCUACAGCUUCUUUCUUUUUCCCCUUCUGGUAACAUGUAGUGUGGUUCAGUAUAAAUUCGGUACUUGUCAAAGGGUUGUUUCACAAAUGAAAACUGAAAUGUCUGUGGAUGAAAUUUGAUAUUAACGUCUUUUUCUGCUGGGUAUACAAAUAGAUAUUAAAUCAAAGAUUCAAUACAUUGACAGCAACUCAUAUUGCCUAUUAUUAUUGGGUUCACAUUUAAUCUUGUUUGGAAAUGGACACAAAGCUCUCUAUGAAUAUCCUAUGAAUGUAACACAUUAUUGAAAGUGGUUACGAGUUGCAGUAUACAUUCCAGUUCCUUUAUGCUUAUUUCAGAGAAAGUUGUCCAACAUGAGACAGUAUCUGUUUUACUUUGUUCCAAAAGAAAUGUUUUGACAGAGUAAAAAGUUUCUUUCUUUGUUUCUCUCUUAGAGAUGCUAGUAGUAACAGAACUAGUUACAUCUCAAAAUUUGUGCAGUUGUUUGUUUCUUUGAGCCUGAUUGCCAUUAUGUACUUUUUUUUCUUUUUUUUAAAAAAAACUCAAGUCUGUUGACAGGAAAUAUAUUUUCACUUACUUUGUCUUUAAGAGGAGGAAUUACUUUUUAUGGCAUUAACAGUAUAGAAAAUAAUUAUUUUCAUGAUCUCUCUUACAAGUUAUUUACAGUUUUCUUGAGUAUCGAGUGCUAAGUUAGUUUGGAAAUGUUUGCAUUUCUUGCCAAUUGCAAUCUGUAUGUGUAUAUGUAAAGGUUCACCAGUUAAUAUGGAUAAAAUCAUUUAACGUUUUGUAGACAAUAUCAAACAUUAGGCAUUUAAGUUCCAAACCAGUACAUACAUUAUUAUUCAUACAUUGUUGUCUAUCUUCAAAAGAUUGUAAGAUCUCUUUGUGCUGUUAAAUACAGUUACUGCCCAUAUUUCCAUUCUGUUGUUGGCAUUGAGGAACUAAGUAACCAAAGUUAUUUAUGUAAUUUUGUAGUGUAAUGUUCAGAUAUGUGAGUGGAGCAGUACAUGAAAUAACCUGUUUGGUACAUUUUUGGAAUAAGUUUAGAAAAUGAGAUUGGAUGUAGAACAAGGUUCAGCCUCUUUAAUAUUUAUCAUUACUUCUGUUGUAGCUUGUGUUCAUCAUUGAAAUGUGGUUGAUCUACACCCUAAUCCAGAGAGCAGACUGUGAAUAAGUGUGUGCGUGUGCGUGCAUGCAUGGUGUGGUCGCAUAGGCAUAUAAUGGGUGUGUGUCCGUGUGUGGUCGUCUUAUUGUUUUCCAGGAACGAGGAGGAGGACAUGGAGAAGAAGAAUACUUUUUAUUGAGAGAAGGACAAAUAGUGGCUGCCGUGCAGAAAAAAAUAGAAUAUAGUCGUGGGACUUUUUCUAAAAAUGUAAAUUGAACUGGUGUAAGUUUAAAGUAUCUUAAUAAAGUCUCCAUUAUAAAUAA